AAGCGUAGAAGGAUGUUAAACCCGGACGAAAUGAUGGAGGAUGAAGAGCAUCGACGUUUAUCGCAAAAUUGGGGAAACGCGGGUUUUAGCAACGGGCAGCAGCAACAGCAACAGCCAUUGCCAAACAGUGCAGCGUUACCAGCUCAGCCACAGUCGCAGAACAUGGCCGGAGCGCCAUCGCAGCAAGGUGCAUCGACCUCGAGCCCGGACGCUGGGCUUUCGCAGAUGAUUCAACUAUUGCAGCAGCAAAUGAGUCAGCAACAACAGCUUAUGACGCAAAUAUUGCAAUAUCAACAGCAACCGGCAGCACAGUUGCUACAGCAUCCACAGCAGCCACAGCAUCCACAGCCUCCGCAACAAAGUUCGACACCGACAAACCCCGAGCUUAUCCUCGAAGCUUUAGCAAGCAAUAUAAGUGAAUUCCGGUAUGAUGCAGAGUCGGGAGCAACAUUUAAGGCAUGGUUUGAGCGGUAUGAAGAUCUGUUUCUACGGGACGCUUCCCGACUCGACGACGGUGCAAAAGUAAGGCUCCUAGGACGUAAGCUGGGCACCGUAGAACAUGCACGUUAUACCAGUUUUAUUUUACCCCGCGCACCCCGUGACAUGUCAUUCGAUGAGACAGUUGAAAAAUUAACGGCGCUUUUCGGCAGAAUAGAGUCUCUACUAAGCAAACGCUACAAGUGUAUGCAGAUAGCUAAAUCGUGCAAAGAAGAUCUGCUCACGUUUGCUUGCCGUGUGAAUAGGGCGUGUGUCGAUUUUGAGUUCGCUGGGAUGAAUGAGGAGCAAUUUAAGUGCCUUAUCCUGGUGUGCGGGCUUAAGGAGGAAACCGAUACCGACAUGCGCAAUCGGCUGCUUGCCCGCAUUGAGGAGAAGAAUGACGUUACAUUGGAGCAGCUAUCGGCGGAAUGCCAGCGUAUAACUAAUAUAAAGGUGGAUAGCGCGUUGAUCGCUAAUGAUCACGGAGAACGAGUGUUUGCGGUGAAAAACGGUGGCCAAAGAUCGCAUCAACAGCAGUUUUAUCGGCAGCAGUACCAACCUUUCGGUCAACAAACACAGACACAUCCCAGAGGAAACACCAUGUAUUUACAAAAGCCAACGAAUGCGUGCUGGUCGUGCGGUGGUCCCCAUUGGAAGAGAGAAUGUCCAUAUAAGUCACAUGUAUGCACGGAUUGCGGAAGAUAUGGACAUCGGGAAGGAUAUUGUGAAAGAGCAAAUCGAUUUCAGCGACAGGACAACAAGAGAGGGAGCACACAAGUUGCAACGCGAGUCGUAAACGUAAAUAUGUGCAACGUAGAAGCAAGGCGGAAAUAUGUGAACGUGUUGAUAAAUGGAACACCUGUUAAGCUGCAGCUCGAUACGGCGUCCGAUAUCACAGUGAUCAGCGAGGGGCUAUGGAGGGAUGUCGGACAGCCUCCUUUGAUGGCAGCAACAGUAAAAGCGAAGACAGCCUCGCAAAAUUAUCUGCAACUAAAGGGUGAGUUUGAUGCAUCAAUAACCAUCGCUUCUAGAACUCAACAGGCAACAAUCCGAGUCGCACGGGCCAACCUUUUCCUGCUGGGAGCGGACGUGGUGGAAGCUUUUGAGCUCGGAUCAAUCCCGAUGGACCAGUUCUGUAGUAACAUCGAUGCGGUGAGUACACCUGAGUCAGUAUGGGAGAAGCGUUUUCCGACAGUUUUCAAGGGCAUGGGGCUUUGUUUAAAAUCGCGCAUAAAAUUGGAAAUAAAAGAGGGCAGUCACCCUGUAUUUCGUCCUAAGCGCCCCGUGGCUUAUGCAAUGCUACAGACUGUCGAUGAAGAACUGGACCGUUUGGAAGCCCUGAAAGUCAUUACUCCCGUGGAUUACUCGGAUUGGGCUGCCCCUAUAGUGGUUGUACGGAAGGCAAAUGGAAAAAUCAGGAUUUGCGGUGAUUACUCGACAGGGCUGAAUGACAUCCUACGACCACAUGAGUACCCGCUUCCACUGCCAGAGGACAUUUUUGCUAAGUUAGCCCGAUGCCAAAUUUUCAGUAAGAUUGAUCUCUCCGAUGCUUUUCUUCAGGUGCAGAUUGAUGAAAAAUUUCGCCCGCUGCUAACAAUAAAUACCCAUCGUGGGCUAUACCACUACAACCGUCUACCGCCCGGCAUAAAAAUAGCCCCAGCAGCAUUUCAACAACUGAUUGAUACCAUGUUGGCAGGAAUAACAGGAGUUUGCGGCUAUAUGGAUGAUCUCAUAAUUGGAGGUAUGUCAGACAAAGACCAUGAUAAUACGCUAAAUCUUGUACUAAAACGAAUUGAGGAAUUUGGUUUCACAUUACGACCUGACAAAUGUGUGUUUAAAAUGUGUCAGAUUAAAUAUCUUGGGCAUGUAAUCGAUGGCAGGGGAAUACGUCCUGACCCUGAAAAGAUUAGCGCUAUACAGAAUUUACCAGCCCCCACCGAUAUUGCCGGAGUUAGAUCUUUCCUAGGGGCAAUUAAUUAUUAUGGAAAAUUUGUUCCAAUGAUGCGCGAUCUAAGAUUCCCCCUUGAUAAUCUUCUAAAGAACGAAAAACAAUUUAAAUGGACAACAGAAUGCGAAGCAGCUUUCAAGAAAUUUAAAGAAAUACUGUCAUCAGAGCUGCUAUUAACACACUACGAUCCUACGGCAGAAAUAAUUGUAUCAGCAGACGCUUCAUCCGUUGGAAUCGGAGCUACUAUUAGCCAUAAAUUUCCAGAUGGAAGCGUUAAGGUUAUACAGCAUGCUUCACGAGCGCUGACCAAUGCGGAGUUUAACUACAGUCAGAUUGAUCGCGAAGGCUUGGCCCUCGUUUAUGCAGUUACCAAGUUCCAUAAGAUGCUAUACGGCCGUCAUUUCAGACUCCAAACAGACCACCGUCCCCUGCUCCGGAUUUUUGGCUCGAAGAAAGGCAUUCCCGUCUAUACAGCUACCAGAUUGCAGCGAUUUGCCCUGACCAUGCAGCUGUACGACUUUUCUAUUGAGUACGUGCAAUCAGGACAUUUCGGGAAUGCAGACAUCCUCUCGCGGCUUAUAAGACACCACGUGAAACCGGAACGCGAAUACAGACGUAGAACAAAGUACGCAAUCGGAUUCUUUGCUGCGAGAGGUUUAUCGUUAUAUACAAGAAGGCUGGCCGCGUGAGACUAGCUACGGCUCGGAAUUAGCGCGUUUCCAUGACCGCAAAGAGGCACUAUCGACGGUUGAAGGGUGCAUUUUGUUCGGGGAGAGGCUGGUUAUACCCGCAGACCUGCGAACACAGUGCUUGGAACAGCUCCACCGUGGUCAUCCAGGAAUCCAACGGAUGAAAUCGCUUGCGCGAAGUUAUGUGUACUGGCCACUGAUGGACAAUGAAAUAGUAGAGUACGUAGCUACUUGUGAACUGUGCGCAGCGGCUGCCAAGUCACCACCUCAAGCAAUACCAGCACCGUGGCCGAAACCUUCCGGCCCUUGGCAACGACUACAUGUGGACUACGCUGGGCCAAUUCAGGACGCCUACUUCCUAGUAGUGGUGGACGCGUUUUCCAAGUGGCCAGAAAUUAUAAAAACUUCCACAACUACUACACGAGCUACGGUUGCCAUAUUACGAGGAUUAUUUGCACGUUUCGGAAUGCCCCUUACAAUUGUGAGUGACAAUGGGCCGCAAUUCACAAGUGAUGCAUUUAAGGAAUUCUGUGAGAGCCGCGGCAUUCAACAUAUAACUACGCCACCAUUUCAUCCGCAGUCCAACGGACAGGCAGAGCGGUUUGUAGACACCCUAAAGCGCGCAUUAAGAAAGAUACAAACAGGAGACAUGUCUAUAGAUGAGGCGCUGGACACUUUUCUGCAGUCUUAUCGUACCACGCCUAAUCCGGCGCUUGAGGGGAAUGAAACGCCAGGGGAAUUGAUGGUUAAGUUUUCCGUAAGAACCCACCUCGAUCUUUUGCGCCCGCCAACUAUAAUUGAAAGGGAAACUAAUAUCGUUUAUGGAGGAUUUAUGCCAGGUGACGCUGUUUUAACAAAAGUGUAUGGGCGGAAUUCAUGGAGAUGGAUAUCGGCUGAAGUGAUAAGUAAGUUGGGGAACGUCAUGUAUCAACUAAAAGGGUCAGAUGGCAGAAUGCUCCGAAGACAUCAAAACCAAAUGCGGAAGCGAGCAUCGAAGGACAUCCCUCAGAUACUGCAGCCAGGUAGCGAAUCCAUUCAACUACCCAUUGAUGUUAUACUGGAUGAAUGGAAACUUCCGUUGGUGAGCGAUCAAUUACCACUAACCGAUACGUCAGGAGGAUCGUGCUCGGACCCUCUCCCUCAACCACUCUCCCCGGAGCGGUCGGCACCCCCGGAGACCAGUACUACCAUGUUACGUUCACCUCGUCGGUCUUCGAGGAAUAGAAGACCCCCGCGAUGGUUCGACGCGUUCGUGUUUUAAAGGGGGAGAUGUUAUGGCCCAACCUGCCUAACACAUUAGGCCACUCACCGACGACAGGCAAGGGUCUUCGUGUGAUGUGUGAGUGUAGGAGGUCGGGUCUCUCGGGAGAAUGAGAGGGCAUCAAGCGGGAACCGAGCGGCGGUCGGGCACUCGG